GAUAAUUAGUUCAGAUUCAUUAGAUCAGUAUAUAAUGACUAUUUAACUGUCUCUUUCCCCCGGGGCUGGUUUAUUUCACUUGACUGUCUCAGAGUCAGAAAUCAAAUGCAUCUGUUUGAUCAUUUCACUGCCCACAAAAUUGGUAUAAAUAGCAGAAUGAAAAUGCACAGUAUGAAGCAACUUUAAUUAGACAAAAUGGCUUUUGGUAUAUGUUAGGCUCAUCCUUCUGGUGUAGAAAACAUGAUGGCAUUCUUUAAUAUCAGGUCAAGUAAUGCUGUGCAGCACCUGUCCUUUUUCGAACUAGAAAAACAAUAUAACCAUAAUGUAAUAAGUUAAUCUUAAACAUAGUCAGACUGAAAGUAGACUCAUUGCAGAAGUUAGUUGUUUUUGGAGGCCAGAACAGCACAGAGAUCUUGUCCUGCAAGCAGACCCCAUGAUUGGUUAAUAAGUAAAGCAUGAUCUGGUAGGCUUGGCAUUGAAUCACAGUGGUCAUGCUUUCAGAGUGCUGCUGUUUACCACCACUGCUCUUGUUGUCCUUUCAUUUCAGCAAAUCUGAUAAUAGAGUUUUUCCUUGUGGUCAUGGGAUUGCUCCCUUAUCAGUGUGUUUGCCUAUGCUACAGGCUGUAAAAAUUCUGAGCAGCUGUGAGCAUGAGCUGAGGGUAUAUCGGUGGAUGUUAUUACUGUGAAAUGGCUGUUUGAGAAUGGUUUUAGAGAAAUGGUUCUGUUGGAGCAAACACGUGAACAUGUAGGCUGUGUUGAAGCAACAGAGAAACAGCUGUGGUCUGAGCUUUUUUAACAGGUUUCCUCAAAGGAUUCCAGUCAUGUUUUGGUGCUUUAUUGGAUGAACAAAGUUGGCAAUGGGCGACUUCGAUAAGAUCUGGCGGGAGCACUGUGAGGAUGAGCAGACUCUGAGUGAAUAUGCCCUCGCCAUGAAGAAUCUUGCAGACAACCACUGGACAAAAAACUGCGAAGGAGAGGGGCGCAUCGAGUGGUGCCGCAGUGUCUGUCAAGAGUACUUUUUGGACGGUGGGAUAAAAAGAAUGUUAGAGAAGGACGAGAAAACUGCUGCGCAUGCCAUUGGUCUGUCAGCGGCAUCUGUAAGUGCCCAACCACACAGCACCAUCCCUAGUUCAAUCUCUCAGCUGGGGAAGAUGCGCCUUCUGGAUGUGGGAAGCUGCUUUAACCCUUUCUUGAAGUUUGAUGAAUUCCUCACAGUUGGUAUCGACAUAGUGCCUGCAGUUGAGAGUGUGUACAAGUGCGACUUCCUCAACCUCCAGCUCCAGCAGCCUCUCCAGCUGGCAGGUGACGCAGUAGAAGCCUUUCUCCGCCAGCUCCAUAACCCCAUUGACGCUCUGCCAGCCCAACUUUUCCACGUGGUGGUCUUCUCUUUGCUCCUCUCCUACUUCCCCUCACCAUACCAGCGCUGGAUCUGCUGCAAGAAGGCCCAUGAGCUGCUGGAGCUGCACGGCCUCCUGCUCAUCAUUACCCCCGACUCUUCUCACCAAAAUCGCCACGCCCUCAUGAUGCGCAGCUGGCGUGUUGCAGUGGAAUCGCUGGGCUUCAAGCGCUAUAAAUAUGUCAAGUAUUCCCACAUGCAUCUCAUCGCCUUCCGUAAGGUGUCUGUGGCCACCACCAGUGAUCUGGUAUCUCGCAACUACCCUGAGAUGCUCUACAUCCCUCAGGACUUCCAUGCCAAUGAGGAGGAAGACUGUGCUGACGUGCCCGUGCAGGUGCGCUCCGAAUUUGAGGAUGACCAGCUGGCUUGGAGCUUCAUGGAGCUACCUGACACGCCCUAUGAUUCUGAUUCUGGGGAGAGCCAGAGCAGUUCUGUGCCUGGUUUCCAUGAGUUGGAGGACCCCAUCCUGCUCCAGAGCUAGGCUUCACCAGCUACCCCCGUCCUCCUUUUCUCUACAUAACUGUCACCUCCCCUUCAACUGCUGCGCUGCCAAAUUUAACCUGCUGCAUUCUUCUCCCAUUUCUCCUCCCUCUCCUUAAAACAAUGCAGUUUGCACAGUGUGAAAGAGAGAAGUUUACAGAUUUCAGUUAUUUUCUCAUAUCCACACUCCUCUGAGAGCACACGCAUACACUUACAGAGACACUUAGACACACAUAAACACGCACACACACUAAGAUGGAUAUAUUUUGAUAAAUAGCUAGUUUUUUUAAGAGCUGGAAAGUGAAUGCCCUUAAGAUAUCUUAAAUCCCUACUCCUUAAUUUCCAUCCCAUCUUCCAAUCAACUCUUAAUAACAAAGUCAGCUUGUCUACAUUCUGUAUUCAGUCUCUAUUUUAAUAAGCUAGUAUGGCAGGCUGCUUAGUACAAAAGCCAAAUACCGUAACCUGAGGAAGCUGACGGGAGUUUGAUUGCACUGGAGUGACUGACAUGGAACGACUGGACUGGUGUGCUUGCUUCUGUCACAGUCAUGCAGCUAGACUUUUCUUAAAUUCUUGAUGUGCAUUUAGUUUUCCAGGAAAAAUAUAUAUUCUCAACAGUCAAAACAUUGGUGUUGUCCAGUGUAAAGUGUGGCAAUGCCAUUUUAUCUUGGCAUUCUUGACUGAUUUGUGUAUAUUUUACAAGAAAGUGGUAUUUGUAGCAUUUUAAACAUUUUCAGAACCACGAUAGAAGUAUUACUAGGUUUACUAAUGUGAAACUGUAACUGUGUUUACUCAUUGUGUAACAAGGUACGAGUGUUAGGUAGGUAUUGCAUUUUUCCCUUCUCUCAUUCUCUAGAUAUUAAUACUGAAUUAUCUCCUAGUAGAUUUCCAAUUAAUUUUUGUUUCCUACCCAAAAAAGACAUAGUUCAGCACUGCGAGUCAGUGUCCCAUAUCAAAUGGACUUUACAAACUCAAUAUCUUUUACAUACCUUUUUAACUUUGAUGUGAAAAUACAGAAAAUCUCUGCCUCCGUAAAGAUUCAGAUCUGAGCUCCUCAUAGUCAGGAAAUUGACGCUGACUGAAGAAAUUUGCACUAGUGAACUGUUUUGUCAAGCAGGACUCUUAAAACAGGUGAGAUGCUGUAGAUUUUUAGCAAUAGCAGAAGCAGGAUCUGGUCUUAUCUGAAGGUACUGUAUCGUACAGGGUGAGGAUUUAGCUAAAGACACUACCACAAAAAAUGCUAGUGUGUUUUCCAGCCUGUGCCUGAACUGAACAGGUUUGAUGUGUGGAUGUGGGUGUAUUUGUCAGUGUGAAUGAAGGAAUGAUUUAACGUUAAGUUUUUUUUUUUUUGUUUGUUUUGUUUGUUUUUUUUUGUCGGUGGCACUUUAUCAUUGAUCCUAAAGGGUGUCACAUAUGUAGUUAUUUUCUUAUGAAAACCAGUUUUACAACCAACAUUAUGGGCCCAUAAGAUCAUAACCAGUAAGUCUAAGGUGCCUUCUUUGUUCACAGUUUUGUUGCAAACAGACUCAUUCCCUUGCAGAAAACUUUCCAAGAGUGACAUCAAGCUUCUAAGGCCAAACAGAACAUACAGCUGUGCAGUACUCCUUUGUCAUUUCAGUGGUUAACAAGAAACACUUCCUGUUUUGAUGUGAUGCGGUGUCGUUGCCAUUUCCAUAUCAUUUUCCGGUUAAUGCAUAUCCUCUCUGCUGAUAUUUCCCAGGUUUAUACAUAUAAAAACACUAGACAGUACCACAUACUUAAGACUUUUAAGUGUGUUUUGUGAUAAAUUGGUGCAUUUGUCUUCCACUGUUUCUUUGGCCCAUUUGCAUGAAGUGGUUCAUCUUCAAUAUCAUUUUCAACAAUGCAGAACAAUAUGUGUGCUUAUAGUAUGGUUGUAUUUCUCUUUUAUAAAUGAAUGUAAACGUAA